GGGGCCGUGCGCGUGACGCGGUGCGCACCAAUGGGGAGGCGGCGCGCGCCUGUCCGUUGUGGGAAAUGUGAACGGGGGGUGCGGCCCGAUCGCUGAGCGGGCGGGUUGAUCAGCGGCGGCGGAGGAGGCGGCGGUGCAACUUCUCCUGGACCCCCCCGCCGCCGCCGCCACCGCCUUGGAAUCGGCGACUUCUUCCCCCUCGUUCGAGCGGCUCCUUCUCUGCGCCGGUGCAAAGGAAAGUGAGGAGGAGGCGGAGGAGGAGGUGGCGGCGGGGAGCCCUCGCUGUGCGGCCGCCACCGCCGCCACCACCACCAGCAGCAGCAGCAUCAGCAGCAGCCGCCACCACCAACCAUCACCAUGGCGGGGGAGACGAAAAUCAUUUAUCACAUGGACGAGGAGGAGACCCCGUAUCUGGUGAAGCUGCCCGUCGCGCCCGAGCGGGUCACCUUGGGGGACUUCAAGACGGCGCUCAACCGCCCCACGCACAACUACAAGUUCUAUUUUAAGUCCAUGGACGUGGAUUUUGGCGUCGUGAAGGAGGAGAUCUCGGACGACAAUGCCAAGCUGCCCUGUUUCAACGGACGCGUCGUGGCGUGGCUGGUGACGGCGGAGGGCUCCCACUCGGACUCGGGCUCGCACUGCGCCGACAGCCAGGGCGAGCUGAGGCCGCGCGCCGGCGAGAGAACGGGCGGCAUCGGAGACUCGCGGCCGCCCUCCUUCCAGAACACGGCUGGGAGCCGGGAAAAUCUGGACCGGGACACAACUGAGACGGAGUCUGUGGUAUCGGCGAGGAGGGAGAGGGCGCGCAGGAAAGAUCGACACGAUGGAGCGCCCAGAGUUAACGGGCAGCCGAAGGAGCGGAGGGAGAGGGACGCGCUGGGCGGGUACGAGAGCUCGUCCACGCUCAUGAGCAGCGAGCUGGACUCCACCAGCUUCUUCGACUCUGACGAAGAUGGCUCCACGAGCAGGUUCAGCUGCUCGACGGAGCAGAGCAGCGCGUCGCGCCUCAUGAAGCGGCACCGGCGGCGGCGACGCAAACCGCAGCCCCAGCAGCUCGACCGGUCGUCCUCCUUCAGCAGCAUCACGGACUCGACGAUGUCGCUCAACAUCAUCACGGUCACGCUCAACAUGGAGAAGUACAACUUCCUGGGCAUCAGCAUCGUGGGACAGAGCAACGAGAAGGGAGACGGCGGAAUCUACAUCGGCUCCAUCAUGAAGGGAGGCGCUGUUGCCGCCGACGGGCGAAUCGAGCCCGGCGACAUGCUACUGCAGGUGAACGACGUGAACUUUGAGAACAUGAGCAAUGACGACGCGGUGCGGGUGCUGCGGGACAUCGUGCACAAGCCGGGGCCCAUCACCCUGACCGUGGCCAAGUGCUGGGACCCCACGCCGCGCGGAUACUUCACCAUCCCACGCAGCGUCGAGCCAGGCGAGCCGGUGCGGCCCAUCGACCCCGCGGCGUGGGUGUCGCACACGGCGGCCAUGACGGGCGCCUACCCCUACGGGAUGACGCACUCCAUGAGCGCCCUCACGUCCACCUCCUCCUCCAUCUCCAGCUCCGUGCCCGAGUCCGAGAGGUUUGAUGAGCUGCACCUCUCCAUACACAGCGACAUGGCCACGGUGGUGAAGGCGAUGGCGUCUCCGGAGUCGGGCCUGGAGGUCCGAGACCGCAUGUGGCUCAAGAUCACCAUCCCCAAUGCCUUCAUCGGUUCGGACCUGGUGGACUGGCUCUUCAAUCACCUCGAGGGCUUCCAGGACCGGCGGGAUGCGCGCAAGUACGCCUGCAACCUGCUCAAGGCCGGCCUCAUCCGCCACACUGUCAACAAGAUCACCUUCUCCGAGCAGUGUUACUACAUCUUCGGCGACCUCUGCGGCAACAUGGCGAACCUGUCGAUCCACGACCACGACGGCUCGAGCGGCGCCUCCGACCAGGACACGCUGGCGCCGCUGCCCCACCCGGGCGCCGCUCCCUGGCCCCUGCAGACGGCGUUCCCCUACCCGCCCUACCCCCCGCACCCGUACGGCCCGCUGCCCCCGGGCUUCCCCGAGCAGGGCAGCGGCAGCGCCGGCAGCCAGCACAGCGAGGGGAGCCGGAGCAGCGGCUCGAACCGGAGCGGAGGGGCCGAGCGUCGCGGCUCCGUCAAGGAGAAGGACGGCAAGGGCCAGGGCAGCGGCGGAAGCGGAGGAGGGGGAGGAGGGGGAGGAGGGGGAGGAGGGGGCGGCAGCAGCGGGGGCGGCGGCGCCGACUCCAAGUCCGGCGGCAGCGGCAGCGAGUCGGACCACACGACGCGCACGGGCAGCGUGCGGCGCGCGCCCAGCGAGCGCUCGCACCGCAGCCACGCCAGCGCGUCGCACCACAGCCUGCCGCGCAGCCACUACUCGUACGGCGCGCCCGGCGUGCCGCCGCCGCCGCCGCCGCCUCCGCCGGCGCUCGUGUCGGCCGGCGCCCUCCUCCCCGCCGCCUCUGCCGUCGGCGUGUCGCCGGGCGUCAUGCCCCCGCCGUACUCGGCGGUGAUGAUGGGCGGCGCGGGGCAUCUCCCGCCCGGCACGAUCGUUCCCGCGUCGCCGCCGCCGCCGCCGCCGCCGCCCGCGCAGCUGUCGACGUCGUCGGCGGCGCCGCCCCUCACGGGCCCCCCCGGGGGGCCGCCCAUCAGGGACCUGAGUUCUGUGCCGCCGGAGCUGAUGGGAAGCCGACAGUCGUUCCGCAUGGCCAUGGGGAACCCCGACGACUUUAACCUGGACAUCAUGUGAAGGGGAGCGUGCGUGAGCGUGCGUGCGUCUGGCUGGGCCCUCCGCUCGCCGUCCCCACCUCCCCCGCCCGAUUGAGCCGGCGUCGCUCUUUCUGUUGACUCAAAGCUGAUCGUAAUGAAUUUGUUUUUUUUUUCCUCGUCUCUCCUGACCGCGGUGUAGUUUAUCGUCGUGUACAUAAAUGAAGAUCAAAAAAAAGUUGGAGGGAAAACGAAAAAAAGAGAUGAAGUCAAAUCAAAGGAACGGUGGGGGGGGCCGGGGGGUGGUUGGGGGGAAGAUUUGCGGGGGCAAAAAAAAAAAUGUGGCCAUGAAAGCAAAGGGAGAGAAUUUACGGAAAACUUUGUUGCCGUCGGUGAUCCCGAGGUUCACGCUCGCGUCCAGCGGCUAGUGCGCGAGCGCUGGACGCGAGAUUCGCGGGAGCCGGACCCAGGGUGGAACCGCGACUGCGAAAACACGGCGGGCGUGCGGGGUAGGGGGGGGGAAGAAAACUGAAAAAGAAACCGAUUCAAGAUGGAACAAAAAGAUAACGACGUACCACGAUAUGACAAAGACGCUCAUGUCAAUACUUGCUACAGGUGCUGUAAAAACAACGGUCGCCCAUCCCCGGUGUGGAGGAUUUUGUCGUUCGGCUUGCCCGCGUUUCUCUGCGGAUUGCGGGCAGCGGGCGUGGUUAGUGUAUUUUUAACACGCGUGGGAGGCUUUUGCGACCACAAUGGAGGUUUUUUUUUGGAUUAGAACGCCUGAAUGUAAAUGUGUCGUUAAACCCGCCCGCCCGCCCGACACACAAACAAUUAGUAAAGUUGCGUGACGUAACAAGAACGUGCCAGUUCGUCACUAGUGCAGCACUAACGGGUGCGUUGGAGAGUAAAGCCACAGCAUUGACAAGUCUGGCUGUCGCCUGCUACGGCUGUUUCUGCUCGAGUUGUUAACGUUGUGGCUUUACCCUCCAACACAGCGGUUGGUGCUGUCCUAGUGACGAGCUGGCACGUUCUGUCUACGUGACGCAACCUCACGAAUUGGCUGUGUCGGGCGGUGGGCUGGUUCAGCGACACAUUUAUAUUUACGCGAUGUAAACCAAAAAGCUCUUAUGAAGUGUAUUUUUAAUCGCGAUUCUUUUAAAACCCAACGAGUGAUACAGAAAAACCUAAACGAUGUAAUGUCUUUUUUUUAUUUUAUUUCCCAACCGCCUGCGAAAGUCUUUUUACGUUUACCCCCCCCUCCCUCCCCCCCACUCUCUGCGUAGAAUUACCCAUCGCUCUGGAAUCAUUCGACGCUCUUGAGACGGGGAUAAAUUGUUACCAUCGUAUUAUAUAUAUGUGUAUAUUAUAUAUAGAGGCAUUUGAUGUGAGCGGACCUUCCGAACCCUGGGUUGAUAUUCCGAUUUUCCAAUACGACUUGGUUCUACUUCAGUUUACGUUGUUAACUUUUCGUUUCGUUUUUUUCCCCCCCUCUCGCCGAUUAAAAACACUAAUCGUUGCCCCCCCCCUUCCCCCUUCAUAGUCGGGCAAGGCUCCGAUUCGGCACUGCCCUCCCUUCUCGGGUUUCUUCGGCUUGAGACUCUCCGCUUCCACGCACAGAUUCUUUCCCAGGACCGCGGCGCGAGAGCCAACAAGGCCGAACGUUCUCUCGUGCUGCCGCCAUCAAGAAUGGGGGGGGGCGGGGGGGGAGUGUCGAGGCUGCACCCUCGCCAACAUCGUGGGACAGCUCCGUGAGCCAGCGAGGUGUACGGUGGCGUGGGAGGCGUCCUUCCUCCCGUUCCCAAACCACGCGCGGACUCCUGCUGCCUCCCUCGCCGCAGGGCCCGUAAAGCUUCACGACAAGGCAACAGAAAAUACGGCUCUGUGCGACUCGCGUUGCUACCGCCCCCCCCGUGUCUGUCUUGUAAAGCGGUGUUGGGAAACAAGCGCCGCAUUUUUUUAAUAAGAAGGGACAAAAACGCAACCGAGUUGAAAUCAUCACCGCCCACCGUCAAACUCCCGCCCCCCACCCCGUACCGCGUGGUUUGGGAACACGACCGUCUUGUCGAGCGAGGGGCGGCUUCCACCCGGCGAAAGCCGAGGCCUUCUCGAGUUAAGGAGGCGCUUGGAAAUGAGACGCGAGCCCUUCGAAAUGAAAUCGCCAUCGGGAAUCUUAAGAAGUGCCGCGGGCGUUUCACCCGUGCGAUUCCAGCAGACGUCUCUCUCCGCCAUCCGCGUGUUUCGUUUAAUAUUCGUUUCAUGGUUUUUUUGUUAUUGUUAUUUAUGUUUCAUUUCUUUGAACUUUGUGCAAUCAGUUGCCUUCCACCCCCCUCCUCCUCUCGCAGUUCCCACUCCGCCCGAGGUCGUCGUUCAUUGAGUAGGGGUCAGAUUCCGAGUGCGGAUCGUUAAAACGUCAAGGACGAGAGAGAGGCCUUCUCUCGACUUGACCUCGGUCAUCGCGUGCGGACAUCGGCUGCAUCUUUUUUGACGGCAACAUUCAAAUAAAAAAAAUUGGCGCGUGCCGAUCGGUCCACUCGCGGCGCCGGCAAACGGCAACGUCGCCCGGGCUCCCAAGGAGUUGGCCCCCACUUGUCCACCCCCCCUGCCUCCCCCCCCAACACUAAUCUCCCGUCGUGAACUACAUCGCUAGCUUUUCAUAACUUUGCAAACCUCAACGGUUACGUUUUUUUUAUAUCGUUUAAGAUCGUUCUCACUUUCGUUUGGUUAUGGCUGCAUCAUAGGAGGGUGACGCUGCAGUAUUAGCUCCACACUACUACAGUCUCUUCUGCCGUUGAGCAUUUUUUUUGUAAAAAAAAAUCAUUUUGUUUUUGAUUAGCGCGCGAGCGCCUUUCUUUUCUUGUUGUUGCGCCUCCUCCCCCAUCUCGUGCUUCCGGCAACGCUGGGACACGAGCAGCUCCGACACGGACUGCAGGCUUCAGGGGCAUUGCACCACUCGCCGCGGCCAUCGGACACCGUCGUCGACACCCCCAGAUACCGCAGCUUAGCCGGCGUCUGUCGAUUGGUUGCAAAGGCCCUCGUGGCCGUGGCGCUUUCGUUCGUUCCUGCCGCCGCUCUCGAGUGAGCGAUGAAGCGGAGCUUUUGGCCCUGGGUCGGUGGUGGAAAUUCCACAUUCACAUGGUAAAACAAAAAAAAUCGAUUGUUUUCUUUAUUUUACCAGCCCCCACCCUACCGCCCGCCCGCCCCGACUGUUAAUUUCCAAAUGUGUCACGAGGUUAGGAAAUUUCCGGUUGGAAUUCGUGCAGAAAGCAGGGUAAACGUCCACCACACAGGCGGGUAGCCUCCCCUCUCCACCAUCCACAAUCGGGGCACUGCACUUUCUCACAUGCACUGCUUUGGAGCUGUUUGUCGCACGGCAAUUUCUUUUAUUUUAAUCCUCUAGAAAAACGCUGCAUUAAGUAAAAAAAAAAUCCAAUUUAAAUGUGCAGUGGCCUCUGCCUGCAGUAACCAGGCAGAGACCAUCGACUUGCUACACUUGAGGACCGGGUUUAAAUUGCCGGUGGCUCUAACAUCGAUUUCUCGGCAGUGCCAACUCUGUGCCUCUUGAGACGGUAUGAGCCCUUUGAAUUACCCAGUCCCCCCCCCCCCCACCUCAGGUUCAGCGAUGAGCGACUGCACAAUUGGAUACCCUCCUCCCCCCUUUACCUCGAGUCAACCAAUCGACAGCUGCGCGUGUGAAUGCCCGUUUCCCAGUUUUACACGUGAAUGGGAUGGGGUGGACGAACUGAACUUUGCAAACCUGUGGUUGGACCCCCGGAUCAUUACACGGCACGUUUGCUUCCCCGUUGCUGCGAGCCACCAUUCGUUGUCUUGAAAAGCAGCAUUGGUGCAUGCGUGAAGCCGUUCAGGGUUUUGUUGUUAUUUGAAGCCUUAUCGAAAUCUCAUUUGUUCUCAAUCCAAGUGACCGGGUAAACAGACCUUACGAUCGGCUGCUUUGUGGUCUCGUGGUAUGAUUUGUUACAACCAUGUUAAUCGUGUUCAUUGGAUUUGAGGGUGGUCUCCCCCCCCCCCCCCUCUUCCGUAAUGGACUGCCGCAUGCAUCGAGUGGCGUACCCGCAGCCACCUGCUCGCGAUUACCGCCGUACAGACGGGAGACUUCUGUCUCGGUGGACACGUAUACCUCUUUUUCCACCGUGUCCAACCGAGCUUGCGCCGCGGCCGCGUUGAGACAGCAUGGCGUGGCACAAAAGGCGCCAGGUUGUUUUUUUUUUAUUUCUCCCCCCCACUUGCAGAAGCCGACGCCGUUGUCCUCGGCAGUGCGCCGACUUCACGUCGCGUGUCCCAUGCCUGGUGUCAUUUGCCACGCAGCUCCUGGGGGGGGGGGGGGUGUGGUGGGGGGGGGGCGGUCCCUGUUUUCGUCCCGAGAGCGAGAUCCGGGUGUGUGGCGAGGCCAGCCUACCACGCACGGCUUGGUUGUUCAUGCCCUUCGCCGCAAAGCAAAAAGAGCCAGCGGAAUAAACAAAGAAACUGGUGCCUGUGUGACGGCCCUGCACUGGUUUGGCUCAGGUGUCCCAGUGGGAAGAGGAGGGGGUGCGUCAGCCGAGUGCACCGAGACUUGCAGACACGCAGCAGCAAUUCUUGUGGAUUGGCCCUGAGAGACUGAGUGAGUGUGUGUGUGGUGAGAAUGCCCCGUGGUGAACUGACACUAAGCGAGACGCGGCCUACGGUUCUAUUUCGGGUCACCAGGAGUAGGCACGCUUUCAUCAGAUUUCCCUGUUUUUCCAGAACUCUUCAUUAACAUUCUAAUUAUCUUUCGUGGUCCAUGUGGAUCGUGGAAAAUGUUAUAAGCCCAGGUCAAUGUGGGAUUGUGUCCCGUAAACCCCUGCGCUGGUGAUUAAAUUUUGUUUUCACAUUUUGAUUAAAUUUUUUUUCUUUUUGUUGCUAAACGAAACCACGUCUGCCUGCUACGUCGAUGGGAGAAGUAAGGGAAGGGGCAAUGGGUUGGGCAUUUUGGAUUGAUUCAUUUAAGGCCGUUAAAAAAAAAUACAUCUUAUUGUUCACCUUAAAAGAAAAAUAAUCUCACCGGUACGCCCCGAUCUAUGGCUUAAGAAACUCGGCCAAAUUUGCCAUGUGUGAGAGUGUCAAAUUAAGGCUGGUGAUGGCAAUAAAGCCCUAUUGAAAAUAUAUCAAUUGGAGAGAGGGGGGCCGCCUUUUCGGAAAGAGGCGGCAUAGCUUUGUAGUAAAUCUGGGGAUUAUUUUGUGCCUCGAGUCUCCCUUGCCAAAAGAGACGGGCGAAUUUAUGGUGUUGCCUUUCGGCCAGAAAUAUCACCCGAUGGACGGAAACUUGUGGACAUUCGCCCUCCCUCUCUCUCUGUUUUUGUCAAACAUCCGUUGGGGAACGAACUUUUGCGCCAACACACGAAUGGGGCCCACGCAUUGGGCCUUCACUUUCCUUGAGUGAAGCGUUGUCAUUUGACUGCACGGAAACAUGACCACUUUGCGACGACAGUGCUUCGAGUGAGUGAGUAGUGAAUUGCUGGGUGGGUGAGUGAACAAAAUUUAAAAAAAAUCAUUGAAUGCGUGAAGCGAGUGAUCUGGCGGGGCUAGCGGCUGGGGGUGAGUUGUGAGCGAGCGAUUAGUUUGGCAGGCGAUCGGGGAUGAGUGUGGCCGAACGGAGUAAAUCGUUGAAUCUCCACAGGUUUCCGCUCGCGUUCGGCAAUGGUGAAUGGGUGCGAGAGUGGAGUGGCCUCGUGAGUGACACUCCCAUCACCCCUCUGAACUGAAUCGAGACUCAAUGCAUCGGUGGUACUGCGCUCUCUUUAAAUGUUUAUUUGUGGCACCCUGCCCACGUCACAUGAAGGAAUAGAUUUAUCCGCGUUUAUUUUGUACUUUUGAAAAUGACUAAAACCGAACUCUCUUUUUACAUUUUUAUUUACUUUGGUAAAAUUAUCUUUACCCCCCCCCUCCUUCCCUCCCCCUUUGUAGCUAUUUAACAUUGUACUGUAAUUCAUUUUUUUCGUUCGUUUGUUUAGACACUAGUAUUAAUAAACACCACAUGUUUAUCUUGAACGAUUGUGGGCAUGUGCAUUUG